AUGGUGGCGCCCGGUGAUGUGGUGCUGGUCAGGUACGACCUGCCUGGCCCGCCGCUCUGGCAUGAACGGCUCAUUCUCGCUGUUGGCAAUCAGCCAGGCCACUUCGCAGUGCUAACGCCCGACGGCGACAUUUUUGUGGAAGAGCUUCGUCCAGAUAAUCUCGAUAUUGCUGAGUUUCGGAGCGCCCCAGGCUUGGGGGUGCAGCCCCCAGACAUUCCCAUAGCAAGUGUGUAUCGGUUUCGUGUCGUGCCGACGGCUGCCGAGAUGCUCCAGCACGUGGCGGAUGGUGCGGCUGCUGCGGCGGCCGCGGCGCCCGGGCCCGCAGGCGCUGCGGCGCAGGCUGGCCCCCCGCUCGCGUGGGUCGCGGCCGAGGACACCCAGGACAUCACGAAGGGGACCCAGAUACCAACGCUGCCCGAUAACGCAGUGACCCUCGGUGACAAGGCCAUCAUCCAGUACGGGAACGGACACCUGUUCGUGCAGCGCAUGGCGGAGGCUGAUAUAUACCGAUUCGUGCAUGACGAUCUCAGGGUGCUGCCAGUCGUCACGGACGCGUCGGGUGAGCGCAAGGUCGGCUUCGCGGACGCGGUGGCGGCCAUGGACCCUACGCCUCCGCGCGGCGGUCUCGGCCUCGACGGUCCGCCUACCACGUUCUGGCAGCUGAAGCAGAUCCGAGAUGAUGAUGCGAGCCCGAACGCUCACCAUGAGAGGUGGGAGAUCUUCCAGGCCAGCGCGGUGGUGAUGUCUUACAGCCUCGACUUCAUCAAGCUCGCGCUCCACAGGUGCUUGGGCCUUUUCAUGCUCAUCGACAUGGUCAGGCGGUCGCAGGCGAUCGGCCACGCGAUCUUUUUCCUUUGCCUCCAGUUGAUGCAGGACAUGAGGUGCCUGAGCAAGUUUUGGCUUCAGAUCGAGCCCUCCGGCGUCGUGAGCGGCGUGCGCAAGAAGCGACGACGGCUCGAGGAUGUUCUCGACCAGGAGGGGCGCCAGGUUUUAAUCGAGGGGGCCGACCGCAUGCUGAAGACCCCACAGGAGUGGGGGAAAGUGAUCGAGACCUCUCCUCAUGUCACCCCCUACUUCGAUGAGGUCUUACGAGCUGAUCAGAUUGCAUACGAAGGUUUUGUGAAAGACUUGUAUCACGCGGGUAUCGUUGAGUUUUCGUUUGAGGUCGAGGAUCACAUCACUCCAUUCUUUGUCGACAAGAAAGGCGUUGCUCUGCGCAUGUUCAUGCACGAGCACUGGAGCCGCAAGAGGCGUCUCUGGCAUUCCGCCGCGCUGGAGUGUAAGUGGAUCUCUGCGCUGCUGCCGCUCGCUUGGUCGGACCCCAGGAUGCCGUGGAUCCCGCAGGACCUCGAGGCGGUGAAGCCCAUCGUCGACCGCUUCGAACCCUCCCCCUACGAGUUCAACUUCCUAUUCAAAGGGAUCCCCGAGGGCCUCCUGCAGGACUCCAUGUGGAAGACUAGCGAUGCGGCGCCCUUUGUGUUCAAGGAGGGUAUCGGGGAUCUGGAGUCUCGGGCCACGGUCUCUGGCGUAAGGCACACCCUGAGGCGCGAGCUGGUCGGCUCCAUCGGGAUCAAGGCGUCGAACCUGUCGGAGUCGCACGUCGAGACGUUCCUGGAGGCGAACGCCGUCGCCGAGCGGACCCACGCCAUGUAUGCGAAGAGGGUCGCCGACUUCGAGAGCUGGGCGGAUGCCAGGGGGCCCGGGCUCACCUCUGCCAAGCUGGUGGACUGCGCGCUGGUCGACUACCUGAACCAGAUGUGGGAUGAGGGCGCGGACAUCGGCGAGGCAACGGGCACCUGCGCGGCCUGGGUCAAGCUCCGCCCUUCCUUCUCCAAGAGGGGCCCCGACAAGCUGGUGCGGACCGUGAAGGCGCUGCAGGGGUUCAACAGGCUCGACCCAGGCAUGACCAGGCCGCCGCUGCCUCUGGCGUUCGCGGCGCUGAUCGCGGUGGAGCUCGUCGGCAUGAACCUCGUCAGCAUGGCACUGGCGGUGAUGCUCAUGUUCUCGGCCUACCUGAGGCCGAUCGAGCUCCUCUCGCUUCAGGUGACGGACGUGCUCGUGCCGACCAAGGGCAUCCCGUGCUACGCGAUUCACUUACAUCGCGCGGAGCGGGGCCAGCCCAGCAAAGUUGGCCUGUACGACGAGACGCUGCUGUUGGACUCGUCGGCUCUCCCGUUCCUCGGAUACCUUCUGGACGCGCGCCGGGGCGCGGCUGCAGGGCCGGCGCUGUUCGACUUCGACUACCGGAGCUUCAACGAGAGUUUCAAGACUGCUGCCGGGGCCGCAGGACUGGCCGCCCUCAAGCCCGACCUAUACCAGUUGCGCCACGGCGGGCCCUCGCACGACAUCCUGAACCGUCUCCGCUCGAAGGCAGAGGUAAAGGACAGAGGGCCCGAAAAAGCGAUGGUCGGGGACCAGGACCUCUUCGGGGCGAUCGUGAACACCUCCGGGGUCUCCCGGGGAGGGCCGUUCUUCGUCGCCUUCCAGUUCGUCGGGUAUUUCGACAAGUUCAGGGGGGCAGAGGUGAUGGGCAGGACCACGCAGCUAGUCGCUACCAAGGCCGCCGAUCUUGCGAUCAUUUGGGGCCUGGGCUCGCGUCAGUGCCCGCCUUGCCCUGACUGCGUGGUCACCUGUCCGACAGUCACUUGUUCGACGCCGUCGAUCAAUAUCACUUGUCCGACUUUCUCUUGUCCGUCAGUGACCCCGCAGGUCGCCGAGGGAGCGGGCUGGUCUGGCAUCUUCGGUUUCGUCGCGGGCCUCCUCGUGGGAUUUGGACUCCUGACUUGCACAGGUCUUAUAGGUCGCUGCGGCGGCUGGCUGACCUCGUUCGUGUUCAGGCGCCCCGAGCCCGAGGCCGUCGUGGACGACACUGCUACGCGGGAUCUGGCGUUGAAACAGCUCGCCAUCAUACGCGGCGCGGCUGUCCCAGGUGCGGCUGCUGCGGCGGCCGCGGCGCCCGGGCCCGCUGGCGCUGCGGCGCAGGCUGGCCCCCCGCUCGCGUGGGUCGCGGCCGAGGACACCCAGGACAUCACGAAGGGGACCCAGAUACCAACGCUGCCCGAUAACGCAGUGACCCUCGGUGACAAGGCCAUCAUCCAGUACGGGAACGGACACCUGUUCGUGCAGCGCAUGGCGGAGGCUGAUAUAUACCGAUUCGUGCAUGACGAUCUCAGGGUGCUGCCAGUCGUCACGGACGCGUCGGGUGAGCGCAAGGUCGGCUUCGCGGACGCGGUGGCGGCCAUGGACCCUACGCCUCCGCGCGGCGGUCUCGGCCUCGACGGUCCGCCUACCACGUUCUGGCAGCUGAAGCAGAUCCGAGAGAUCUUCCAGGCCAGCGCGGUGGUGAUGUCUUACAGCCUCGACUUCAUCAAGCUCGCGCUCCACAGGUGCUUGGGCCUUUUCAUGCUCAUCGACAUGGUCAGGCGGUCGCAGGCGAUCGGCCACGCGAUCUUUUUCCUUUGCCUCCAGUUGAUGCAGGACAUGAGGUGCCUGAGCAAGUUUUGGCUUCAGAUCGAGCCCUCCGGCGUCGUGGGCGGCGUGCGCAUGAAGCUCGAGGAUGUUCUCGACCAGGAGGGGCGUCAGGUCGAGGAUCACAUCACUCCAUUCUUUGUCGACAAGAAAGGCGUUGCUCUGCGCAUGUUCAUGCACGAGCACUGGAGCCGCAAGAGGCGUCUCUGGCAUUCCGCCGCGCUGGAGUGUAAGUGGAUCUCUGCGCUGCUGCCGCUCGCUUGGUCGGACCCCAGGAUGCCGUGGAUCCCGCAGGACCUCGAGGCGGUGAAGCCCAUCGUCGACCGCUUCGAACCCUCCCCCUACGAGUUCAACUUCCUAUUCAAAGGGAUCCCCGAGGGCCUCCUGCAGGACUCCAUGUGGAAGACUAGCGAUGCGGCGCCCUUUGUGUUCAAGGAGGGUAUCGGGGAUCUGGAGUCUCGGGCCACGGUCUCUGGCGUAAGGCACACCCUGAGGCGCGAGCUGGUCGGCUCCAUCGGGAUCAAGGCGUCGAACCUGUCGGAGUCGCACGUCGAGACGUUCCUGGAGGCGAACGCCGUCGCCGAGCGGACCCACGCCAUGUAUGCGAAGAGGGUCGCCGACUUCGAGAGCUGGGCGGAUGCCAGGGGGCCCGGGCUCACCUCUGCCAAGCUGGUGGACUGCGCGCUGGUCGACUACCUGAACCAGAUGUGGGAUGAGGGCGCGGACAUCGGCGAGGCAACGGGCACCUGCGCGGCCUGGGUCAAGCUCCGCCCUUCCUUCUCCAAGAGGGGCCCCGACAAGCUGGUGCGGACCGUGAAGGCGCUGCAGGGGUUCAACAGGCUCGACCCAGGCAUGACCAGGCCGCCGCUGCCUCUGGCGUUCGCGGCGCUGAUCGCGGUGGAGCUCGUCGGCAUGAACCUCGUCAGCAUGGCACUGGCGGUGAUGCUCAUGUUCUCGGCCUACCUGAGGCCGAUCGAGCUCCUCUCGCUUCAGGUGACGGACGUGCUCGUGCCGACCAAGGGCAUCCCGUGCUACGCGAUUCACUUACAUCGCGCGGAGCGGGGCCAGCCCAGCAAAGUUGGCCUGUACGACGAGACGCUGCUGUUGGACUCGUCGGCUCUCCCGUUCCUCGGAUACCUUCUGGACGCGCGCCGGGGCGCGGCUGCAGGGCCGGCGCUGUUCGACUUCGACUACCGGAGCUUCAACGAGAGUUUCAAGACUGCUGCCGGGGCCGCAGGACUGGCCGCCCUCAAGCCCGACCUAUACCAGUUGCGCCACGGCGGGCCCUCGCACGACAUCCUGAACCGUCUCCGCUCGAAGGCAGAGGUAAAGGACAGAG